AUGGCGGCUGCUGUGGAUCACCUUCUCCCACAGGACUUGUCUAAGCUGGACGUCAGCAAGCUGACGCCUCUUUCUCCAGAAGUUAUAAGCCGCCAGGCCACCAUCAACUUCGGGACUAUUGGCCAUGUGGCUCACGGGAAGUCGACGGUGGUGCGCGCCGUUUCGGGUGUACAGACAGUUCGCUUCAAACACGAAAAAGAAAGAAACAUCACCAUCAAGCUAGGGUACGCAAACGCGAAGAUCUACAAGUGCACAAAUCCGAAUUGCCCCCCCCCCGAGUGCUACUGCUCUUAUGGCUCUGCGAAAGAAGACGACCCUCCUUGCCUGCGGGAGGGUUGCGGGGCGAAGAUGAAGCUGAUGCGGUGA